AGCCCGCGCGCUGCCUAAGGAGAGCACUUCCCUGAGCGCAGCGGAGGAGUGGCGGGUCCGGCUCCCGAGGAGCAGGGAUGCAGAACAGGACUGGCGUAGUUCUCUGCGCCCUCGCGCUCCUCGCGGGCUUCCUGAUGAUCUGCCUGGGGGCUUUCUUCAUCUCCUCCCAGUCCAUGUCCUCCAACCAGAGGAACCUGGUCAUGGCCUAUGUGCUUCUGCCUCUGGGGUUUGUGAUCCUUCUGAGCGGAAUCUUCUGGAGCACCUACCGCCAGGCAAAGGAAACCAAAGGCGUCUUCAGCCAUGUUCUCAGACAGCACCUAGCUUCCAGAGAGCUGCCUCUGGCCACGGUGGACAGGCCCGACUUUUACCCUCCUGUUUAUGAAGAGAGCCUCGAUCCAGAAAAGCAGGCCUAUCCUGCAGGGCGCGUGACCUUAGGCAUCCCUCCGCCUGUGUAUACGGAGACAGACCUUGAACUUGCAGAGGAAAAUGAUACCCACCCGGAGGCCCCGCCACCCUACCAGGAGUGCCUGGCCCACCCAGCUGUGGCAGCAUUGGAAGAGGCCCAGGGGCCACACCCAGCGCCGAAGGCAGGGCCGCUCUCCAGGGCUCACAGUGCACCCUCUGGGGAACCAGCUGCUAAUAAGAGAGGCUGGACAGGGACUGGCAGGGAAAGCUGCAUCCAUCUGGGACCCGGAGCCCACCACGCUGAGCGAGACAGCCAUGUAGACUCAUGAUGCAAGCUGGGCGUGGAGGGAAGGGUGAGGAUGGCCCGUGGAGGCCAACUCAGGCAAGCCUUGGAACCACCGCAGAGCUGGCAUCUGGUUGGAUAAUCCUUUCUGCCUCUCUCCUCACCCCAGUACCUGAGCCCAAACAGGGAGAGGCCCAAGCAAGCUGCUGGCUUCAGCCCUGCUUAUACGACAUUACCUGGGAAUUUCGAAGUGAAGAAUGUUGGGGAAACAGCUUCGGAAUUACCCCCCAGCCUGGCUACCUGAGCCACAUCAAAGCUGGCAACCAAGGGACAUGCGUCCUUGCAACCUAGGAGUGCUAUUUGUAUCAUUUUAUUUUAAUUAUGCGUGUUUUUUUCCGACAUGAAAAGAGGUGACUGUAAUACUCUCAAAAUGGUUCAAGCACAAAAUGUCAUUUCUCCAAGAUGCCCUUGUAAAUACAAGCAGUUAGAAUACGUAAUUCAUGAUACACAGAAUGUCGGAGGGAAUUUGUACUAGGUAUGGUUAUAUGAAUAUAUGAGCUAAUACAAAUCUUGUGGUUUCAAAAAUGUUUCUAUGUAAUAUUCAAAAAACCUGUAAAACUUCAGAAUUUAAAAGAUAAAAAAUUAUAGUAACA